UGUGGAUCCGUAUUAACGAACGCGCCAACAGCGAUGCCUCCACCAAACCGUUGAAGAUCUCCACUUCCCCAGAUUUCAAAAGGCGCUUCUUCCCAGUAUGAUCCACCUAGCCAACAUUGGGUGAUGUCUGGCCUCAAUCAGGUGGUCGAGUUCGCAGGUCCUCGAAUGGCAGCUUAUAAGUCUUCGAGAGGACCGCCAGCGUGGCUACUGGUGACUAGUCCCCAACGUUAUCGGAGUUCUUGCCGGGUUGGUCGACAUCUUGGGACACGUCUCACCCCAAUCCUGCUGGCGACGAGACCUUUGUCAUAUUUCGCUGGCCAGUCCACACCAUCUCAUUUGGCGGCAUAUCACAGGGUCCGCCCGUAUUCCACUUGGACGGACUUCUCAUCCGCAGAAGCAACGUUUUCAGCAGAAGACAUACACUUUCUGAACAGGUUGGCAGAGUCUAGCAGUGGCCUGAGCGGGGCAUCACAGAAUGGCGACGGGUAUACGCCAACUCAUCAUGAAGUGUUCCUUGAGAGAAGGAAGGCGGAGAGAUGGAAUGCGGAACCGCCAGACACGCUUAACGAACCCACUGUUCCUACGGAUAAUAUUCAUGAGCUAUUCCGUAAGGCGCUCGGCGCAAUGCAACGACGAGAUAGUCGAGAGCUUUUGGCUUCCUUGAAGAAGAUCACUGUAUUGCCCGAGAACGAACUGGUGGAUGCUGUUGAUGCCUUCCCUAGAACUGCUUUCUCCGAAUUUCUACGUUUCCUGGACCCGUUUCAGAUUGGCCGGGACAAUGAUCCUACUCGUGGAGUUGCUAUCGGAGCUGGUAUGUGGCAAAUACUCAGCCUAGGAGCUGUGGUGGAUGAAUGGGGCACCCGAAUACUCUACACGACGCUUCUGAGGCAGAUGUUGAUACUUAUGCGUGCGCUACACAGCAAUGGACAGCGGCUUAAUAUCAACGACUACCUACCGUUGUUUAGAGCAGCGGGGUUGACCUCGGAUGUAUCUGUCACUCAACUGCUCUGGAACCAAAUGGUCGAACACGAAAUUUCAUAUUGGAGAAACAGCAUCACAUAUGAUGAGUUCAUGAAGGCAAGGUUUUUGACCGAGCCUGCGUACACCGGAUACGACAAGAGUCAUCUGAUGAUGACCCCACGAAAUCUACAUCGUCAAGCUGGCACAUACUUGAUAGCUUCUGUUAGCCGUCUCGACAAUCUAAGGAAAAAUAUACGAAGACGGAAGUUCAAAUUCGGAUUGAAUAGGAACAGAAAUGUUGCGGAGGACCUCAGUCGCCUGAUGAGAAAGCGUCUUCCCCCAACACGUUUGUUCUUUUACAUGCGGAUACAUGGCUUGCGUAUGACACAUAAUUCUCUUUGUCAAUUCAUUGUCGCAUUUGCACGAAGUGGUUCGCUCAGGUUUAUCCAAUACCACAUCCUUGAGGACUACUUCGGAAUUUCCGUCCACAAGGACAACCGUGACGGCGAGAUAUCGGUCAAGCGAGCAUUUAUCAAGACGAAAUCAACAAAGAACCCAUUCCGACCAGCAAGACCGCCGUAUCUACCAACGGCCAAAUUGAUUGACGCCGUCGUUUACGCGUACUGCUCAAAUGGACAGCUCCCCAUGGCCUUUCACAUUGUUGACUUCAUCUCGAACAAAUACAGGAUUCCGAUUAGCCCAAAUGUUUGGUUUGAGCUGCUCGAAUGGGCGUACAUCAUGUCCACACCGCCUACCAGUACAGCCUGGGAUAUUGCAGGCCUCAGCAAUCGCAUCCCGAGUCGGAACUCGGUUGAAAUCAUUUGGAACACCAUGACCGCACCUCCCUACAAGGUUCAACCCGGGUUCAAGCAAUAUGAUAUUUUCAUCAGGGCACUGCUCAGACUUGAAAGACGCGAAGAGGCCUUUGUACACAUGCGCGAAGCUCGCAAAAUUUAUGAGUACCAAUGCACGGAAUUUGAGACAGCAGCAUUUGAGUAUGCCAGCGCCAAGAGCGCUGGUAUAAACGAUACAAAGGAAUUGCAAGCGUUCCGGCGGGCUCGUUUCCUCAAGGCAUACAUGCGGCAACGGAUGAACGGGUGGUGCAACAUCUUCCUGGAGAAAGUAUUUCGCACAAAAGACAUGCAUGAUCCUGUAGCAACGCGUGGAAUACCAGAUUUCGUCCGGGAAUGGCGGGACGUACUCAGCAACCCUUUGAGGUAUCGGAUAGCAUCAGGCUUUGUUCACCUAUUAGACCCUGCAGAGGUGGUGGAGAAGACGAUUUUUGUGCGAGACCAUACCGUUGACCUGGCCAUGAAACGCGGCGGGCGAUGGCGUGUCACCCCCAUGGCCCAGAAGCAGUUCCGCCGCGUGAGCAUGCAUGCGCUGGGAGAUUUGAUGAGCACCAGAGUGGACCCAUUGGACAUCCUCCAAGGAGUUGUGCCAGCGGGACGUCCCUCUCAAUCCAAACGCGUCGACAAGUGGCGUGCUUGGGAGAAUGCUCAGGUAGCUGAGCAGCAAGAGGAGACGGCGCCCGAAGGAGACAUUUGGGACGAUGAAGAGUAUUAGCGCUGUGAGAUUGGUCUUGGUAGUUACCUCCGUUGGUGGUGUGCUGAGAAGAGCAGAAGAAGGUGUGGUAUUGUGUGUGUAAAACUUCUCGUCGGGUUUAUGUACCUGAAACUUGGGAUCUGACAGCUAUGCGCAGAUCAACUGUUCGCUGGUUAUGUAGAUGGGUACAAUUUAGAUCUCUGUGAUACCAUGCAA